AUGCAGGGGGCCUGGGUGCUGCUGCUGCUGCUGGGCCUGGGGCUUCAGCUCUCCCUUGGCGUCAUUCCAGCUGAGGAGGAGACCCCAGCCUUCUGGAACCGCCAGGCAGCCCAAGCCCUGGACACCGCUAAGAAGCUGCAACCCAUCCAGACAGCCGCCAAGAAUCUCAUUAUCUUCUUGGGGGAUGGGAUGGGAGUGCCUACAGUGACAGCCACUCGGAUCCUGAAGGGGCAGAUGAGUGGCAAGCCAGGACCCGAGACACCCCUGGCCAUGGACCAAUUCCCAUACCUGGCUCUAUCCAAGACUUACAACGUGGACAGACAGGUGCCAGACAGUGCAGGUACGGCCACCGCCUACCUGUGUGGGGUCAAGGCCAACUACAGGACCAUUGGUGUAAGUGCAGCCGCCCGCUACAACCAGUGCAACACAACACAAGGCAAUGAGGUCACCUCUGUGAUGAACCGGGCCAAGAAAGCAGGGAAGUCCGUGGGAAUCGUGACCACCACAAGGGUGCAGCAUGCCUCUCCAGCCGGCACCUACGCACACACAGUGAACCGCAACUGGUACUCAGAUGCCGACCUGUCUGCUGAUGCGAAGACGCAGGGCUGCCAGGACAUCGCCACGCAGCUCAUCAACAACAUGGACAUUGACGUGAUCCUGGGUGGAGGCCGAAAAUACAUGUUUCCUGAGGGGACCCCAGACCCUGAGUACCCACAGGAUGCCAAUCAGAACGGAGUCCGGAAGGAUAAGCGAAACCUGGUGCAGGAGUGGCAGGCCAAGCAGCAGGGUGCCCAGUAUGUGUGGAACCGCUCGGCACUCAUGCAGGCGUCCAAUGACCCCAGUGUAACACAUCUUAUGGGCCUCUUUGAGCCUGUAGACAUGAAAUAUGAAGCCCAGCGAGACCUCACCAAGGACCCAUCCCUGGCAGAGAUGACGGAGGCAGCCCUGCGCCUACUGAGCAGGAACCCCCUUGGCUUCUACCUCUUUGUAGAGGGAGGUCGCAUUGACCACGGUCACCAUGAUGGCAUAGCUUAUAUGGCGCUGACGGAGGCCGUCAUGUUUGACACUGCCAUCGACAAGGCCAAC